AUGGCUGCUACGCUAGGGUCUAGCCAUCAGGGUGUACCUAUUUUUGAAGCCCUACCUUCAGCAGCUAGUGUUCCGCUCCCAGAUCCUCCUGAGUCCAAAACAGAAGGGUCACAUCAGCUUUUUGAAAAGCAGGAUAAUUCAAGAGAUCAUCAGAGAAAGCCUGUGGUGUCCCCAACUAAAAGGCUAGCUGGUGAUGGUGCGUCGGAGAACGCAACUCGCAACUCCACUCCAGAUAAUGGAACAGUCAUGGUUGGAGUACUGGUACAGUGUGGAGAUUGUGGCAAGAAGUUCAUUAACUCAUACUAUUUGGAGAGGCACAUUCAGAAAAGGCACAGGGCGGAUGGUGCACAUGCAUGUGUAGCCCGCUUUGAGCCCUCAGGCAUGUCCAUGCGUGGUACUAAAACAUUCAUACGACCCGUUGACUCUGCUGCAGUCAGCCCCCUAGCUCCUUCGGUAGGACUUCUAGAGCAACACCAGCAGCAGCAGUUGAUACAGCAGCAGCAACUUAUACAACAACAGCAAGCCCUGCAACAACAACAACAACUGUUGCAGCAACAGUUCAAUAUGCUUAGCACAGCAGCGUUGAGGGCCUCUGAAGUCCCGCUUACAACCCAUGGGCUUUUUCAGUCUGCACAAGUGGCUUCCCAACAGGCUGGUAAUAAUGACUCACAAGCAGGAAGUACUGCUGGCCAGCAGUCAUGGGUAAAGAGCUCUACGCCCAAUACUCUAGAUGAAAAGCAUAAAACGAUUGGUGAUGCAAAGGAUCUUGUUCAGAAAGAGAUACAGGAAGCUGUUAAGCCGGCACAUCAUCGUGACACUGCGUUGAUGCUCCUCAACGAACUAAAGGCGCCUUCACAAAGGAACUCGAAGGUUGGUGAUCAUCUGGCCUCCUUAUUGAAGCCUGAUUUUUCAAGUGCCUCAAGCGACCAAACAUCCCAAAAAGCUACAGGGGUGUAUGCAGAGUCAAAUUCAGAUAGCAGCAAACGCAGCGUUACCUGCACUAGUUCCUCCGCCUGCACUUGGGGUGAUGGUGCAACAAAUGCCAAAUUUGAGGCUUCAUGCCCCAAAAGGCGACAAAUCUGGCGCAUCGACGAAGCAAUCAGUAGCGGGAGUGGCUGCCAGAGCUGCCGCAGCAAAGCAGAAAAGCGAAGCGGUCUCUUCGUACCUAAAUCACCCUCUAGGGAACAUAAUCGCAAGGCAGACCGGCCCUUGGAAGCUUCCAAGUCUUUAAGAAGCGCAUCAAGGCGAACAACUUGGAUAUGCAAAGACAGAAAAUGCAAAAGUAGUGCCAUGGAGCAACAGCCUGGCGUGAGUCUUUCUCUCGAUUCGAUGCCUCAGUCUGCUACGGCUACUGGACCUGAAGCUGGGAAGGAAAUAGAGUUUAUGGCUAGGAGUCAGCUUCUUGAACUACUAAGGCACAACAACAAGCCUCCGCCAGACGAAGUAGAAAAGCAGCUUGAAUUACCACCAGGAACACUAUCCUGCCAGCUGGCCAAUUACUUGCUUCAGCCAGCAGCUGCUGGUCCACGAUCGGGCGUCAAUACAUCCAAUGCCCCCCAAAACUCCGAUAGCCUUAACCUACCUUGGCCUGCUGCACACGUAGGCGGAUGCUGCUACCAUCUACACAAACCGCCGCAGCCGCCAAGAGCUUUUUCCGUAAAAGCCAAAUUGCAGCAGCUUAAGCAGCGCUUUUCUAGUAAGCCUCUUAUCACUUCAGUGACGUGCCCCUUAGCUCCACACACAACCGGUGUACCAGGUGGCGCGUUAAAAAACGAGCCUCAGCAUUGGACCCCCUCAAGUGUUACACCUUCCCUGCAGCAGCCUCUUCCCGGAUAUGGCAGGAACUUUGCACGGGGACUUAACGGGGCCCAGCUGCUAAUGCAGCAUGGAGGACAAGUGGCCAAUAUACCUCUGUUACAGCCAAAGGUGCAAGCACCAACACAACAGCUCUUGCCUUACACAGUUGACAGCGGAGAUACCCAGUAUCCCCAUCAGCCGCAUCCAAUAACGCUGAACAAACCACUGCCCAGCCAGCUUCCAAUUGCGUCUACCUCGAUACCCUCUCCAGUCAGGAUUCCAGAUGAAUCGCAAGCAGGAAAUAUUCAGCGGCAUAAAGAACAACCUAGAUUUUGUACGCAAUGGGCAUCGGCUCACGAGACACGAGAAAAAUCAAAAUCCAUUACGGAGAGAGAAAUAGGCACCGUACAGCCAGCUCUGGCUGGGGACGGGGAAGAAGCGAUUCCAUCAGAGCAGGAUCCAGCAUUACCCGAGCCAAAGUCUCCAUUCUAUCCAGCAAGAAAUGCUCCUUUGGGGACCAAGCUGAGUCCGGUGUUUCCUCCUGUCAGCAGUUGGACUCCUGUCGAAUCCCCCAUCGUCGCUCCCUCGGUUCCGCUUUCGGCUAUCCAGGCUGCAGUAGCUGGUACGGGGGCGGAUUUCACGCCAAGGCUGGGCAUGGAUACGCAUGUGACAGGCAUUUCUAAGCCAUAUAGAAUCCAGAUUGAGCAAGCUAAUAGACAAAGGCCCUCCAUAAAGCUCCAGCACUACGAACAAAUCCCAACUCAGCAGCUACAGCAGGCCCUGGACAGGGUGGGGCUAAAUGAUUGUCGCCUACAGAGUGGCUCUUUCAAUGAGGAGCUUAGUGCUGCACAACUCAGGGCCCCGGAAAGUGCAUCGGGCAUUUUCGGAGGGUUAGGACCCUCUGCUGUGAUGACGGAAGACGCAGGUGGGUCUAAUGGUAAGCAAUACCUUCCGUCUGCGAGAGGCAGCCUGACGCUUCCUGAAGAUGCGGGAUGGACCACAGCUCCGUACCAGCAGCACACAGAUCUUGGCCCUUGGCAGUAUGCAGGAAUGACGUAA